GGACACACGAGUGGACAACUUCAGCUGACUGAAAUAUCUCUGGAUGGCUCUGAUAAAGCAGCUUUAAAGCUUUGGUGUUCGUCUUUUAUGGUUAUUAGAUUGGAUUUUUCUGACUAAAACCACAUUUAACUAAAGUUGUCAAAUGCUUCGAUGGUUUUGAUGGACUUGUAACGUAACUGAGCAGGUCUCUGGCGGAAAACUCUCUUAACACAUUCUGGGCUUUUAAAGAAAACACAGACACGGCUUUUUAAUAAUGGACAGACGCUCCGCUGGUGCUGGAAGCUCGUUUUUCCAUGUGGAUGUUCAUAUUGGUGAGCAGGAACCUCGCAGAGGAAUCCUGAAGCUCUUAGGCAGACUUCGUCCUCACUGGAGGGCAGAGGACAUUCAGAUGAAGACCUUCACAGAGGGGAUCACCAACCAGCUGAUCGGCUGCUUCGUGGGCUCCCUGCAGGAGCCUGGUUGUGUUCUUGUUCGUCUGUACGGCAGAAUGACGGAGCUCUACGUGAACAGAGACAGAGAGGUGGAAAUGUUCCAGGUGCUUCAUGCUCACGGAUGCGGCCCUCAGAUCUACUGCAGCUUCCAGAACGGCAUCUGCUACGAGUUUGUGAGAGGGACGGUGCUGGACGACGAGCUGCUCCGACAGCCCUCCAUCUACAGAUUGAUCGCGGCCGAGAUGGGGAGAAUCCACUCCAUCCAGCCAAAAUGUGGUCAGCCCGUUGAACCCUUCCUCUGGACCAAGAUGUCUCACUUUCUCACACUGGUGCAGAGCAGUAUGAAUAGCAGCCCGGCUGAGCAGCGCUGCAUGAGAAGCGCUGCAGCUGUGCGAGAGGUCCCCAGCUUUGAGACGCUGUCGGAGGAAAUGGAAUCAUUGAAGAGGCACCUCUCCCAGAUCGACUCGCCGACCGUCCUCUGUCACAACGACCUUCUGACCAAAAACAUCAUCUAUAACCACAAAGAGGGAAUGGUGAAAUUCAUUGACUACGAGUACGCCGAUUACAACUACCAGGCCUUCGAUAUUGGCAAUCACUUCAAUGAAUUUGCAGGUGUGAACGAUGUGAACUACAGCCUGUACCCGAGCCGGGAGCUGCAGAGAGAGUGGCUGGCGGCGUAUCUGGAGAGCUACAAGCACAGCUCAGGACGUGAGGUCACUGUUACAGAGGCAGAAGUUACACAGCUCUACAUUCAAGUCUGUAAAUUCUCACUGGCAUCCAACUUCUUCUGGGGUCUCUGGGCCAUCCUGCAAUCACGCUUCUCCUCGAUUGACUUUGACUUCCAAAGAUAUGCCAUGGCACGACUCAACUAUUACUUUGAGAAGAAAGAGGAAUACUUUGCUCUGACUAUGAGCUAGAAACAGGAUAGAAAAGACCGGACACUUCCAGGAUCAGCAGUCCCAGGAGAGAUCCUACGAUGAGAUCCAUGUCCUCCUCUGUCGCCAUGUUGGAAACGAAGGCUUCUAAACGAGCUCGCCAUUGUUUGUUUCUCCGAGCUGCAGUGUGAGUUCAUAUGUUUUGCUAUCACUGUGAUUUUUUAAAUAUUUGUUCUACCACAGUCAGUAUGCCGAUAAGCCUAUUUGGCAUAUUGAGAUGAAGCGGGUGCCAGAAACACAUUAAUUGUUCCCACAUUUAGCAGAGUCGCAUGAAGCCACAAAAACUGAGCCCGUACAUAAAAGCCAUAAGAUGCUUAUUUGCAUGCUUAUUCAGUGUGCACCACAGAUCUGAUGGAAAACAAGUUUCCAUUUCAGAGUAUUUACUUUAGCAUGCAGAGCGUUAUUUUAAGCCUUUUUUUAUCCUAGGAAAUAAUGUUGUAAAGCUGCUUUUAUUUAAGUCUGUUCAGCAAUCAUACAGUUCAGUGCUAACACUGCUUACACUAAAUUCAACUAGUGAUUGUAUAAAGAGUCCCAGCUGUCUUGUUUUUUACAGGAUGUGCUAAAUGUUUACUAAAUCAGUUGAAUGAGUGUGCAAAAUUUACAUCAACGUGUAAUUAAAGUAUUCAAAUACUAAUGCAGAGAUUCAACAUGUUUUAAACUCUGGUUGGCCAAAUCUUUGAACCAAACUGGGGUCAUGUGAUGACAGUAAGGCCUCUUGGAGGGACAAAAAACUUUGUGAUUAAAAUAAAAAACAUUAUGGACAAGA